AUGACUUGUUCAGAAAAUGUUAAACAAUGGCUUAUGAAUUAUAUUAAGAGACAUGGUGGUCCUUAUGAAAUCUCUCAGGAUGGUAAACAGUCAUGGGAAAAGAUGCAGGAGUUUUUAGGAGAAGUGUUAUUUGAGAAAAACGUGUCUGAUAAAAAAAGAAAAGGGUGUAUUAUGCAAGCAUUACUAUCAUGUUGUUUAAAAUUAGAGGGAAUUUUAAAAAUAAAGGAGGAUGAAAUGGCAGAGCUUAACUCAGUAAUUAACAUGAAAUCUGAGAAAUUGAAUAAUAAGAUUGUAGAUCUAAGAGUGCAUGCAGUUACAACUGGUGAAGCUUUGAUUGAAAAGGCCAAAAUGUGUGAGGAGCUUACAGUGGAGAAUGAGAGGCUGAAUGAGAACAUUUCGAAGAUGCAAAAAGAAUUGGAUGAAUGCAGACAUGCUACUAAUAUGGCUUUUAAUAAAAUGGCAGAAAGCAUGGCACCUUUGAGUAGGUCUCCUGUAUCUGAAAUUCCAGGGUCUAUUGCUAACCCAGGGAUUGGAGAUACAGGAUGCAAACCUCUUUUUCCAUGGGAGGAUUUGAAAGAAAAGUCAGUGACAAAUCUCCCUGCGGCUCCAACUACAACAACCACAGUGUUGAAUCCAGAUAAUUCUGGAGAGAUUCAGCUGGUUAAUAAGCAGUUAAAGCCACAAGAAAUGGAUGCCAUAGUUAGAGAAAUAGGGCAGGUCCCUCAGCAGGAUAUCAAUCGCUUUUUGCAAUGGUUUUGUGGAAUUCAAAGAGUGAAAGAGAUGUAUAGUUUGACAACUAGUGAUAUGGAGAGAGUGCUGCAGAGAGUUGUUGGAAAUGGAUUGUGGGUCAGGAUUGUACAGACAUGUGGUCAGCAGCGUAGAACUAGGGAUAUGUUGAAAGAGAUCUUGAGAGCACUUUAUGGAGUUACAUCAAAUGUGUCAUUGUCUGGAAAAAUUAAACAGCUGAAACAAGAGUCUCCGUAUGAAUUGUCAGCUAGAAUCUCCACAGUGAUGGAACAGUUUGGUGUCAGUAAUCCUGGUUUUGAACAGGGAGGGAUGGUGCAUAGAUCAAUGUUUUUGGAUGCAUUAGAGGAAGAUAUUAAGGAUGAGAUAUUAUCUGUAACCCCAAACCCAUCAGAAAUGUGUGAUUUACUGUUAAGAGCUGAUAAUUUGUGGCGAAAAAAGGUUAAAAAUGAAAGUUUUGCUGUAGAUGCUGCCAGGAUUUUCAGAGUAGAGAGGAGAGACAGGUCUACCAUGUAUCCUCAGAAACCAAUCAGGGGAAAUAGAUUUCAGCAUAUGGGAAAUUUUAGAGGUGAGAAUGAAUCUGGUAGUGACAAAAGACGGAGAGAUCCACAGAGGGACCAUAGGAAUAGGGAUAGUGCUAAAGGGAGCAAUGUAAUGGGAGACAAUUGGAGAAAUAGAUGGGAGAAGCCUCAGAUAAUAGUAGAUGGAGUGGAUCCCUGGAAGAGCAGCCCACAUAAGGAAUAUAAAGUGCAAGAAAACAGCAGUCGUGAUGUGGUGGUUAUGUGUUGGAAAUAUCCAGGAGGAAGUGAUUUACAUAAGAGUACCAGUAUAUUUUGUGCCAAUGCCACAAAGGACGUGAGGAUAAAGAUGCUGCUGGAGAGAAAUUUUACAUUUUCCCAGGAUGGUGUUGUAACAUGCAGCCCCCAUCAGACUGGAUUACUUUGGACAGAACAGCCUGUACCUGUUUAUAAGAUGACUAUGUUUGGUGAGUUGGAAGUGGCUAAUCACACUAAUGUUUUAAAGCAAUUCCUUCCACAAACUCGCUUAGUGAUCAAAGAAGACCAGUUCUGGAAAGUUAUCAACCCCAGUUGCUGUGACAGACGUGAAAAGGAUGCAGAGAGGCUUCUCACCAGCUUGUUCCGCGCCAUCGUCAGGGAAGAAGCACCGAACUCCCUGGAGUUCGUGAGAGCACACCACGCGCUGAGCCCAAGAAUGGAGAACUCCGCUCCCAGGGAUCUGAUCUGCUGCCUAAGCUCCUACAAGCUAAAAGACACUAUAAUGUGCAAGGUCCGCAGCAGGCAGACAUGGGUGUUCCAGUGUGCACAAGUGACCAGAUACGCCGAUCUGUUGCCACUUACCCUGGAAGCCAGAAGGGCACUCCAACCAGUGGCCACCUUCUUACUAGAACGUAGAAUACCCAACAGGUGGGGCUUUCCGUUCUGCCUGUCUGUACGACACCAAAACUACUGGCUCUAUGUUCGGUGGCCUGAAGACGUACCUGAAUUCCUGCAUAAGCUGCAGCUUCCGCCUCAAGCCGUAACCAACUGGGUUCCCUUGGACCAGUAG